GUGACCAAAGGAUAUCCUGUUCCCCCUUCGUCACUGUCAUGGGAAUUAUGCGUAUUGCUCUCUGUCAGCUGGAGAUGGAAUAUUGAGUAGGCAUAGAAAGAUGGCAGGGUGGAUCAGAAACAUAUUUGUGCUUGAUCUGUCUAAGAGAAAAUCUUUGGGUACAGCUUUGAACUCAUGAGGCACCGGAAUGUCUACAGGGGAGAAGACAUCCCUGUACCUGAACCAAUGAUUCCACAUGGCAAGAAGCUUUACAUAUGCUGCUGAUAUGGGUUGAUUUGUUUAGCACUGGGAUUAGUACAUUAGUUUAGGAACCAGUACGUUAGUUUAGCAAAAGGAAUCUAUAAGUGGUUGUUUUAAAUAUUUCCAUUUCACAUUCAGUGGGUGAAGAGUCUUGUUUUUCCUCAAUCACUGGGAACAUAAUUGAAUACUUUUAUCUUCUGCCUCAGUGAUUUUGCCUCACAAGAAGUACUUGAGUCACAAUGGAAAAAUUUGUCUUUUGACUCAAAACAUCAUGGACAUUUUCCUUGGGUUCCACAUACGUUGUUUUUAAAAAGUGUCUCACUAUGGCCUAAAAACCAGUGGGAAUCUUCCAAACUGGGGAAAAGUGAAUGAAAGUGAGUCAAAGGUUUUAGUGAUGAAGCUGAUGGUGAAAAAACGAGAAGUAGCUGGGCACUCCACCACCUUUAAUACCACUGAGCAUGCCCAAAGGACAUUUGUUCUUAUCUGUCAGACCUUGCAAAAGAAUGCAUAUGUAUGCCAACGUACUGCAUAUGCAUGUCUUCAUUGUUCAAAUGUCCAACCGGAACUUUGAGAGGGUGAGCCUGCUUAUCAAGUCAUGCGGAGAAUCGCGGAUUGCCACUUUCCAGCACCACCUUGGAGUUAGAGAGUUUUCUUCUCAGAUUUUGGAUGACAAUUUUUGACGACUCUGGUAGGACACCGAGACUGAAAUCUUGCGGACUGAAGGACCGGAGAUCUCAGCGUGCCCACCGAGUGAUUCUCAGGGAGCUCUGCCCCGAUCUGGCCGCAGGUUUCCUGAAGUACGCAGGCUUUUCUAACGUCUGCUUUUCACCUGUGAUCAUCCCAGCCUGCAGUAGUGCAGAAAAUGGCUGCAGUGGAUCCAUCUCAGCCCCGAAACCUGCAUUGAUCUCCAUGCUGGAAGGAGGGGAAGACCCCUGGAUCCCAGAUGUACAUGGCUUGAAGGACAUGGCAGAAGACCUCAGCCCAGCAGAUGAUGGGAUCACAAACAUAAAGGAGUAUCUGCAGAGAAGUGGUGUGGCUGAAAGGCAGUGGAGUAGUGCCUCGUUGGGAAAAAUCGGAAGGGAUGUGCAAGGGGGCCUGGAGCAAGGAGAGCACUUCGAGAAGCAGCAGGGAAACCCUCCAGGAGAGAUUGUGAGGAAACCCCUGGAGUGCAGCACAGAUCAGAAGCAGCAGAUGGAAGAUGCAAGGAGCAAGGAAGUGUGCCAGGAGGAAAGGCAGCACCCGAAUGCUGAAUGUGGGACCAGCUUUAAAAGGAAUUCCGACCUUGUUAACCACCAUUGUGUCCGCUCGGUGAAGAGAUUGUGCAAGAGCUCUGGGUGUGUGAAGAGCUUCAAAACAAGAUCCAAAUUCACUAAUCAUCAGUUCCUCCACACAGGAGAGAAACCCCUUAGGCGUUCUGAGCGUCCAAAGAGCGUCAAAAGCAACUCUGAAUUGAAGUGGCACCAGUGCAUCCACACAGGACACAGACCUUACAAGUGCCAUAGAUGUGGGAAAAGCUACAAACAAAGUUCCCACCUUGUUUCCCACCAACGCAUCCAUUCAGGUGACAGAACCUACAAGUGUUCCACAUGUGGAAAGGGUUUCAAAAGCAGUUCGGAACAGAAUCACCAGCACAUCCACAAGAGAGAGAGACCCUUUAAGUGUCCAGAGUGUCCAAAGGGCUUCAGAAGCAGUUCCUACCUCAUUGGCCCCCAGCGCAUCCACAAAGGAGAGAGGCGAUAUAAGUGCACUGACUGUGGGAAGGGCUUCAGAAGCAGUUUCGACCUCAUUGUCCACCAGCGCAUCCACAAUGGAGAGAGACCCUUUAAGUGUACUGAGUGUCCAAAGAGCUUCAGAAGCAGCUCCUACCUCAUAGGCCACCAGCGCAUCCACACAGGAGAGAGGCCAUAUAAGUGCACUGACUGCGGGAAGGGCUUUAGAAGCAGUUCCAACCUCACCCGCCACCAGCGCAUCCACACAGGAGAGAGGCCAUAUAAGUGCACCGACUGUGGGAAGAGCUUUAAAAGCAGCUCCAACCUCACCCGCCACCUGGAGUGUGUCCACACAGAAGAGAGGCCCUUUAAUUGUCCUGAGUGUCCAAAUUGCUCCUAAAGCAAUUCUGAAUUGAAGUGCCACCAGUGCAUCCAUGCAGGAUGUAAAACAUACAAGUGCUCUGUAUGUGGGAACAGCUGCCAUUGAUGUUCCCAAUUUGAUUCCCACCAGAACAUGCAUUCAGGACACAGAGCCUGCAAGUGUCCCAUUUGUGUCAAGGACAGGCAUGUUAGAAGCGAAGAUGCACCAGCACAUCCAUAAAGGAGAGAGACCCUACAAGUGCUCAGCGUGGGAAGAACUUCCACAGCAGUUACAAGCUCAUUUGUUACCAGUGCAUCCAAACAGGAGUAAGACCCUUUAAAUGCCCUGCGUGUGGGGAAGGGCUUUAUAAGCAGUUCUAAUCUCAACUCCCACAAGCACAUCCACCAAGGAGACAGAAUGUAGAAAUGCCCCGAGUUUGGGAGUAUCUUCAGCAGCAGUUCCUGCCUCGUUACAUACCUACACAUCCUCACAAGAGGCUAAGUUUGCAGUGCCACGAAUGCGGGAGGAGCUUCAGCCAGACCCCAGCCUGAUCAGCCACCUGUAGCUUUGUGUGGUUAUGAGCCUUACAAAUCCCUUGAGCAGAGGAAGAGCUUCACAGCUAACUCAUCUUAAAAACACCUUGAAGCACAUACUCCUUGCUCGGACAGGUGGAACUGGUUUAAUGAGGUACAGCCAGCAGGGAGCACUCACUGUAAACAUGAUGUGGUCACAGAAUCGUAGAAUGGCCUGGAUUGAAAAGGACUGUAAGGAUCAUCUAAUUGCAACCCCCCUGCUGUGUGCAGGGUUGCCAACCAGCAGACCAGGCUGCCCAGAGCCAAUCCAGCCUGGCCUAAAAUGUUACCUAAAAAGCUGUGAUUGGACAAGGAGUGUCUAAAGAGAUACCAAAAAGACGCUCUGGGUUGUAUUUUGGUUCACAGGGGAGAGGUUGCUGGUGAGCCAAGGGGAAGUUAGGUAGCCGACUAGUAAGUGUUUCCUAUAUCCCCUUUAGUCCCUCCAUAACUGGGUUAAUCUCUAUUUUGCCAUGAGCUUCCUAUUUAUUGAUUUUGAGUGGUCCGAAAGAUUAAAGCAACACAUCCUACUAAGAUCCUCACAACCGUGCCUCUUCGUUUAGUUAGUCCAGAUCCCUUACCUCAAUUCCUGUAACCUGUAUGCUAUUGGGAGAAAAUAAAGAUAUUCUUGCUUGGA